AAUAUGAGCAGGUGGCCUUUCUCUUUCCCUUUGGCACCAAAACCAUUACCAUUGAGCUGUGAGGAAAGAAGUGCCUCACCAAAACAACUGGAUCCAUUGGAUCCAAACUACACAGGACCUUGUGUCCCCUAGGAAAACCAACCCGAUAAUCUCCAGAUUCAUUAACAUCUUUCUUUGGGAUGGUUAAUUAUUACGAAAUCCUAGGACUGCAUCAAAAUGCCUCGCAAGAAGACAUUAAAAAGGCCUACCGUAAGCUGGCAUUAAAGUGGCACCCUGACAAGAACCCUUAUAAUAAAGAAGAAGCAGAGAAGAAAUUCAAAGCAGUUGCUGAGGCCUAUGAAGUCUUGUCAGACCCCCAGAAGCGCUCUCUCUAUGACAGGCCAGUGAAGGAACCACGGUACAGAGGGAGAGGUGCAUCUGGAGGUCACUCUCACAACACAUUCGAUUUUGAUUUUGUGUUCCGCAGUCCUGAGGAGAUUUUCAGGGAGUUCUUUGGGGGAAUGGAUGUCUUUGCAAAUGAUUACUGGGACACCGAAUUUGAGGAUGACAACAAUGGAGGUGAAAACAGAAAUGGAUUUCGUGGACCCUUUGGUCUCUUUUCUGGAUUUUCCAGUGUCUUUUCUAACUUUGGAUUCAAUUCAUUUGGACCGGGUGUGCACACUACACUUUCCUGCAGGUCCUUUGGAGAUGACAGCAGCGGAACACACAACUUCAGGUCUGUCUCAACUUCCACUGAAGUGGUCAACGGGCGACGAAUCACAACACGGAAAAUUGUUGAGAAUGGACAAGAGAGAAUUGAAGUUGAAGAAGAUGGCCAACUGAAGUCCAUAAGAGUAAAUGGAAGAGAACAGUUGAAAUGCUAAAGCCUGCCCCCAUCUCUGUUCCAAAACAACAAGCAACUGCUUGAACAAUCUUUAAUGGACUCUUGUUCCAUAAAAUGGGAUGUGACUAAUAAACUGCUUCACUGAGUUCAA